GUACCCUCCUUAAAGGAGCAUUGGUAUCUCAAAAAAUAUUUGCCCUUAAUUUCUCUUUCUCAUCACUAUUUGACAUCUCUUUCCUCUCUCUCUCUCUUUCAAAUGUCAAUAACCCAAUACUCAAGCGAUUUCCACUACCAUUCUCUCAUGUGGCAACAACAGCAGCAACAACAACACCACCACCAAAACGACGUCGUGGAGGAAAAAGAAGCUCUCUUCGAGAAACCUUUAACCCCAAGCGACGUCGGAAAACUCAACCGCCUCGUCAUCCCAAAGCAGCACGCCGAGAGAUACUUCCCGCUAGCUGCAGCGGCCGCAGACGCGGUGGAGAAGGGACUUCUCCUCUGCUUCGAGGACGAGGAAGGUAAGCCAUGGAGAUUCAGAUACUCGUAUUGGAACAGUAGCCAAAGUUACGUCUUGACCAAAGGCUGGAGCAGAUACGUCAAGGAGAAGAACCUUGACGCCGGAGACGUUGUUCUCUUCCAUCGCCACCGUGCUGAUGGUGGUAGAUUCUUCAUUGGCUGGAGAAGACGGGGUGACUCUUCAUCUUCCUCCGACUCUUAUCGCCAUCAUCAAUCCAAUGCCUCGCUCCAAUAUCAUCCUCAUGCAGGGGCUCAAGCGGUGGAGAGCCAGAGAGUGAAUUCGAAGACAUUGAGACUAUUCGGAGUAAACAUGGAGUGCCAGCUAGACUCGGACUGGUCGGAGCCAUCCACACCUGACGGUUCCAACACAUGUACAACAAAUCACGACCAGUUUCAUUUCUACCCUCAGCAACAACAACACUAUCCUCCUCCGUACUACAUGGACCUAAGUUUCACAGGAGAUGUGAACCGGACGAGCUGAGAAGCCCACGUACAAGGAUAAGAAAGAAACAAAAGCUUCACAUAUAUGGUCCCUGUCAUGCUGUUUUUAGAUGUUGAUCCCUUAAUAUUACAAAGGCUCAUUUUGUAUUAUUUAAAGUAAAAUCAUAAUCGAUUCUUCCUUUAAAUCUCUCCCAAAAUUUUCACUCUCUUCCUUUUUUUCUUCUUAUGUAUUAGAUUCUUUAAUAUAGCUAACAAAUUGUAUAGAAUUCAAGAUUUCUGGCUAUUCCACACUUUAUCUUUUC